CUGAAAAAUAGCAAAACACAUGCAAGAAAACCCACUUCACGGACAUAAACAAUUCUUUAUUCUUUUAUAUUUUACGACACGGUAAUCAACGUUUAGACUCAAGGACAGGAACAUGGCAGAAGAAGGUGAGGUGGAGAUUAUUGACUCUGGUGUUCAGAAUGCUGGUCCCCCAAAACAAAACUCCAUGACUGAAACAGGAGCCCUAGUGGAGGUUGCCUUUCAGAAAGACCCCUAUCAAAAAAACAAGUACCUGGAGGCAGAACCUAAAGCUUUAGGGAUUACGCAAAUUAUGCUGAGUCUCUUUCUCAUGAGCAUCAGAUAUGCCAUUUCGGGAAAUGAGUCAAUGGCACACCUGAUAUUUGGAGGUCUUUCUUUAUUUGGCUUAAUAGCUGGUGGUGUGGCAGUAGGUGCUCAGAACCUGCAUCUUCCUACACUGAAGGCCUGUUUGGGAGUGCAGGUUGUGAUGUGUGUAGUGUCAGUGUUCUGCAUGAUCACCAAUCUUGGGACCGAAUUUGAAAGCCCAGGCUUUCGGUUUUGCUGGCGUGACUCUCAAAACAGCACCUCGGGAAGAAUCCUGUGUGGAAAACUCCUGGACAUGUAUGAACAUGUCAUAGGAGUGAAAUUGCUGGCACAGGCAGCUCAGAUUGCUCUCUCAGCCACCUUGGCUGCGUUCUGCUGCAAAGUCAUUCAGUGCUGCUCCCCACGGACCAGCGUGCCUGUCAUUGCUGUGAAUACAGCCCGUGGUCCUCAGUGACAGAACAGAGUUUGAAGCUGUUUAAAAAUUUGUUUCAUCUCUUCAUUUACAUAUAAUUCAUACAUAGACCUGCAGUGAUUUUUAUAUUAUGCACAUACAGCUAUGUGUGAUGAAGUAUUAAUGUAACAUUCAUUCACCUUCAUGGACUGUUUAUUCAACACUUUUAUUUUAUCAUUAUUAGACAUUACUAGACUAACAAAAACAUAUUCCGAUUGCUCAGCCUGAGUUGUUGAAUAAGGUUAAAUACACUAAUGUUACAUUUUCUAGGCCUUUAAUUGAAGAAACCACAGCAAUACAAUUCUCUGGUACCUUGAAAGUGUAAACAUGAAGAAAUAACAGUAUAUAUAAAUCCAUCACAAAAAGACUUAUAAUGUUAAAGAGAAGGAUAACAAAAUAGCUAUAGGUAAGGAAUACUGUAUGUCAUGGUUACACAUUUCUAACUAGUACCUACUCAAAUAGAGCUUUAAAGAAAGCAAUAGCUUACUAUAAACAGGUUAGGUGUAGGAAAAACUACUAAAAAUUAUGUUGUCACUUGAAUCUUCAUUUGGACUUAGGCUGUUUAUGUCCCUGUGGGACAUUAUGUAUGUUCUGAACAAGAGCACAGUGAUUUUCAAUAAAGUAUUCCUGGCUCUUCAUUUAAGAUUUACUAAGAUGACACUAGGGCAAAUAUUUUUUAAAAAUAAAGAAAAUAUCACUAAUCUGAGGCCAUGCUUAAACCCCACAGCUAUCUUUAGGGCUUUCUAGAUAUUUAUCAAAGUCCAUUUUUUUGUGUGUUUGAGGAAUGGAAUAACUAUAAAACUCCAUAGCACCCAGACCCAUUGUUUUAAAAUACAUACCCCAUUCGUCUGAUUAUUGGCUGCAAAGUAACAGAUGUUAAGUCAAAUUGUUAGCAGAAAUAUCCGGUAGGUUUUCAACUUUAGACCCUUAGUUGUUUUUUUGUUGUAACUGUUCACAGCUUGUAGACUAACAUCACACAAACAUCAUGGAUAGUCUUUCAUAAUGACUCGGCUGUUAGGCAAGUGACAUUUUGGCCAAUAAAUCUUUAUAUAGACUACAUAUAGAUUAUCUAAGAUAAUAGGAAUAACCUACAGUGAUUAUUUAACAACCCACUGAAACAGAAGGGGACUGAUAUUGGAAUAUGGAGAAAUAUAUGUUCAUGUCCUUCAGCAACCAAAUGGAGAGAACUAUUGUCAGAGGUAUGCAGUUGGGCAGUCUGGUUUUCUCUUUGUUCUGGUUGGAUUUAUGUGAUUUUUCUCUUUCUCUUUGUACCAGUUAGGAGGGACUCUCAUUUAGACUUGUUGCUUUGAUAGCGCUCCAGGCCAGUGUUGGCCAUUGGAGGGUAGAGUUUCCCUAGAUUAUUUUAGAUAAAUAGUGGCUCCUAGCUCAAUGACGUGAGCAAGGUAACUGGGGAGUGAACUGACAGUGCAGCAACCAGUGAGAAACAAACCAACAGUACACCAGUGAAGGAAUGAGAGGAAGUGGUUUGUGAGCAGAGGGAUCGCAGUCCCACAGCAGCUGUGCUAUUGAAGUACACUGAGUGGAUCAAGGAUCCCACAACGCUGAAAAACUGCUGGCUUAAUGACUGUGGGAAACAGCUGUAUGUGGUGUUGACGAUCAGGAAGCGACAGCUGCAACUGGUGUGAUUCCAUCCUGGUGUGUGACUCUUCUCACUGUACAGUAGGUUAUGUGUACUCCCAGGCAGAGUAUGAGUAUAAUGUUGUGGGUGAAAUUAAAAGUUGUAAGUUUGAGUUCUUAACCCUAACACGAGUACUGUUUCCACUUGUUCUCAGUCUUGGUUGAGUUACAUAUACUCUGCUUAUCCAAAUCUAAAUUUAUUUGUAUAGCGCUUUCUACAACAGAUGUCACAAAGCAGCUUUACAAAUGUCUAAAUCCAAGCCCCUUAUCUGUUGGUUCUUUGCAGUGUAUUGCCAUAGUUUACCAGUGUGUACUGAUCGGUCUCUUAAGUGUUUACCUACACCAAAGCAAGUGUACCAACCUGUUUUCCCUCCCAUCUUUGUUUUUUAAUCACUUUUGGUAUCGUUUGCUGUUGGAUUGUAUGUAUUUGCUUACAUAUAAUUUGCUUGUCCUGUAUGUAUCCUGUACUUGCCUCUUGUUGUGAUUCUGUGAUUGUUGCUUGUGCCUUGACUGUGAUAUUGGAUUACCCCUUGGUUAACAAAACAACUUUUAUCUGCGAAUAUCUGGUCAGUUUCUGUCCCUUUACAGAAUAAUUUGCCAAAAUGUAGAAGUUGGAUCUGGAGCUAGUGAACACGGUGAUUAGCAAUCAAGGACAACUUCUGUGGCAGAAUUAGCAGUUGUUUAAGAUUGUUACUCAGUCUGUCAGCAUAUUGAAUGUGCCCAAAAGUGCCCAAGCUGUCUGCUAUCAUGGGGGAACCCUCCUAUUUACCAGCCUGGAGACGGGGUUUUGCUGUCGCUUGGGGAUUUCAGAUCUGCUGAGGGGAAUAAUAAGUUGAGCUCCAAGUACAUUGGUCCAUUAAAGAUUAUUAAGCAGAUCAAUGAGAUGAGCCUAGUCACUAUUGUCUCUAACUCACUGUUGUACUCAUUCCUAAUACAACAGUCUAGUUUGCUAUUUGCAAUACAGAUAUCAUUACAUAUGUCAUAUCUUUUUCCUUUUUUUUUCUAACUAGGACUUUUUAUAAAUAUUUUUCACUGGUGACAUUUUAUAAAUAUUUGUCAAUGGAGGACUAGAAAAAAUAAAAAUGUCAUUUUACAGUGUGACUGCAUGUUUUACUGUGCUAAUAAGAUUAUAACAAUAAAUAUCUAGAAUCUUCAA